UUCCGUUUUUCUUCUUCUCUUCAUCUGUUCUUCUUUUUUCUCUUUUUUUUUUUUAAUAAUAAUUUCUCUCCGGUUCGGCGUCGAGAAACUCGAAUUUUUCCCUCCGGUUGAGAGUCCUCCGCCUUCCGAUGAUUUGACUUUUGACUUCGAAAUCCCGGCCGAUCAAGCUACGAUGGGACAUUGUUGCAGCAAGCAAGCCUCCGUCUCCGUGGUCAACAACACCGAUCACCUCGCCGCCGGCGAUCAAUCAAGCACAUCUCACGGCUUGCCGGCGGGCCCCGGCGCCGGAGGCUCCCACUCCGGGAAGAACACUCCGGCGUACUCCUUCACCGCCAGCCCCUUCCAGAGUCCCUUACCGGCCGGAGUCGCUCCAUCGCCGGCGAGGACGCCUGGGAGGACUCCGGGGAGGAAGUUCCGAUGGCCGCUGCCGCCGCCGUCUCCGGCGAAGCCGAUCAUGCCGAUCAUGGCGGCUCUUCUCCGGCGGCAGGGGAAGGCUCCGAGGCCGAAAGACGGGCCGAUUCCGGAGGAGCAGAACGGCGAGGAAGGGGAGAGAGAGAGAGCGCUGGACAAGAGCUUCGGGUACGCGAAGAACUUCGGAGCGAAGUUUGAGGUCGGGAAGGAGGUCGGCCGAGGGCAUUUUGGUCAUACUUGCUGGGCCAAGGGCAAGAAAGGAGAGCUCAAGGGACAACCUGUUGCUGUGAAGAUCAUCUCAAAAGCUAAGAUGACAACCGCUAUAUCCAUUGAAGACGUUCGUAGGGAGGUGAAAAUACUAAAAGCAUUAUCCGGCCAUAAGAAUUUGGUCAAAUUUUAUGAUGCAUUUGAGGAUGCCAAUAAUGUGUACAUAGUAAUGGAGUUGUGUGAAGGUGGAGAACUCCUGGAUAGAAUUUUGUCAAGAGGUGGAAGAUACAAAGAAGAAGACGCAAAGAAUAUUGUUGUGCAGAUAUUGAGUGUAGUUGCUUUCUGUCACCUUCAAGGUGUUGUGCAUCGUGAUCUAAAGCCAGAGAAUUUUCUCUUUACCACAAGAGACGAAGAUGCUCCAAUGAAAGUUAUUGAUUUUGGUCUGUCUGAUUUUACCCAGCCAGAUCAACGGCUCAAUGAUAUAGUUGGUAGUGCAUACUAUGUUGCUCCUGAAGUACUACAUAGAUCUUACAGUAUGGAAGCAGACUUAUGGAGUAUUGGCGUCAUAACAUAUAUAUUGCUAUGUGGAAGCAGACCUUUCUGGGCUCGUACUGAAUCGGGAAUAUUCCGUUCAGUGUUAAGAGCUGAUCCUAACUUUGACGAUUCCCCUUGGCCAGAAGUGUCACCUGAAGCCAAAGAUUUUGUGAAAAGGCUUCUCAACAAGGACCACAGAAAGAGAAUGACUGCGGUGCAAGCUCUAACUCACCCAUGGUUACGAGAUGAAAGCCGUCCCGUGCCAUUGGAUAUUUCAAUGUACAAGUUAGUUAAGUCAUAUGUUCGUGCUACACCUUUGAAACGUGCAGCACAAAAGGCUCUAUCAAAAGCUAUUACAGAAGACGGGCUCAUCUACCUCCAAGCCCAGUUUAGGCUCUUGGACCCGAAACAUGGAUACGUAACCCUUGAGAAUUUUAAAACGGCUCUCACGAGAAAUGCUACUGAUGCCAUGAGGGAAUCAAGGGUUCCCGAUAUUUUAAAGCUGAUGGAACCGCUUGCUUAUAAAAAAAUGGACUUCGAAGAGUUCUGCGCUGCAGCAAUUAGUCCUCAUCAACUUGAAACUCUUGAAGGGUGGGAAAAUAUUGCAAAUACGGCUUUCGAGUACUUUGACAGGGAAGGAAACCGUGCUAUCUCGGUCGAGGAGUUGGCCCAGGAAAUGAACUUGGGUCCUACAGCUUAUCCUUUAUUGAAUGACUGGAUCAGAAGUUCUGAUGGAAAACUUAGCUUCCUUGGAUAUACUAAAUUUUUGCAUGGUGUGACAAUACGUAGUUCUAAUUCAAGACAUCGAUAGAAUUUAACCAAGCAC